GAAACGUGUCUGGCAGGGCGGGCAGUGCUCUAGCUCAGUGCACACGCGCAUUAUGAAGUACUUAACGCUGUUGGCUGCUUUGCUCUUGGCCACUUUGGCCUUUGUCCAAGCUGGCAAGGUGACCAUCAAAGGAGAAUGCAAAGACUGUAACCAUGACCGCACAACAACCACCACGCGUAGGCCAGUCCCCACCCGCGGACAUGGACGCCCGACGACGUCCAAGCCCAAGCCAAGGCCAGCUCCGGGGCGCGGCAAACCAGUGUCGGAUGAGGACGAUGACGAUUCGGCCGGUCAGUGGUCGUUGCACCAGUCAGCUGGCGGAUCCCAGCACAUAGGAAGACGCCACAGACGUCAGUGGGAGCCUCGUGGCCAGUACAUCAAUCUUGGCGGAGCCGGCGGCGGUGGGUGGUCAGGAGACGGCCGAGUGACCACCAUCGAUUCGCGGGGCUAUCCAGGAACCCUUGUGCGCAACAAUGACUGCGUCGGUUGCAACAUCCGCGGUUGAGCCGGUGCACAGUGGGGUAGCGAAACAAAAGUUGAUCUAAAUAAUUAAAUAAAGGCGCGACAGCUGCGAGCUUCGUGGAAAAACCA